AGAGGGCAGGCAAGAGCUUUGCGCUGACCCGAGCAGAGGUCUCGCGAGACUGUCAGAAGCGUGGCGAGAGGCGUGGGAGGAAGGUCGUGUUCUCGCGAGAACUCUGCCUUUGGGCCCAAGACUUGUGUCCGCUGGUGUCAGUCCAACCAGGGUACCCUCGGGUCGUCCGGAGAACCUCUCCGAACUGGAACAGUGAGCAGAAUGAAUACCUCCCAGGACCAGAGCAGCUGCUCCAGUAAUAGAGAAGCCCUUUUGAGAUGUAGUGAUGCACGGAGGGACUUGGAGCUUGCUAUUGGUGGAGUUCACCGAGCUGAACAGCAAAUUAAAGAUAACUUGCGAGAGGUGAAAUCUCAGAUUCAUAGUUGUAUAAGCCGUCACCUGGAAUGCCUUCGGAGCCGUGAGGUAUGGCUGUAUGAACAGGUAGAUCUCAUCUAUCAACUUAAAGAGGAGACACUUCAGCAGCAGGCUCAGCAGCUCUACUGGUUAUUGGGCCAAUUCAAUUGUCUUAUCCAUCAGCUGGAGUGUACCCAAAAUAAAGAUCUAGCCAAUCAAGUUUCUGUGUGUCUGGAGAGAUUGGGCAGUUUGACCCUUAAGCCUGAAGAUUCAACUGUUCUGCUCUUUGAAGCAGACACAACUGCACUGCGUCAAACCAUCACCACCUUUGGGUCCCUCAAGACCAUUCAAAUUCCUGAGCAUCUGAUGGCUCAUGCUAGUUCAUCAAACACUGGGCCCUUCCUUGAGAAAAGAGGUUAUAUCCUGAUGCCAGAGCAGAAGUCAACAUCCAGCAGCACAACUAUACCUCUCAGUGAAUGGCUUCUUGGAAGCAAACCUAACAGUGGUCGUCAUGCUUCUUACCUACCUAGUACCAACCUCCAGGACUGGCUCACCCAAAAACAGACCUCAGAAAAUAAUCAGACCUCUGCAAGAGCCUGCAAUUUCUUCAGUAAUGUCUGGGGCAACUUAAAGGGCUUAGAAAACUGGCUCCUCAAGAGUCAGCAACAAGAAGUUUCUGGAAAACCAGGUUACCAAAAAUUUAACAGCCACUCAACUACCAGUUCUUUCUCCAUUGAAGUUGAAAAGGUUGAAGAUCUAGAGCUCCUUGAUCAAAGUGAGAUGGGAUUGUCUGAUUGGCUGGUGCCUCCCCAGGAACCUUGCAAGUUGGAGAAACCUGAGAAUGGCAGUCAUGAAACCAGUGAGAAGUUUAAGCUCUUAUUCCAGGUCUUUCAGGAGCCUUACAGUGUGAAUGAUUGGCUUGCCAGGCCUGACUCUUGUACCAACUGUUGGGGCAACCAACCUAAAGGCGUGGAGAUUGAAAACCUGGGCAGCCUGAAGUGCCUGAAUGACCACUUGGAGGCCAAGAAACCACUUUCCACCCCCAACAUGAUUACUGAGGAUUGGCUUGUCCAGAAUCAUCAGGAUCCAUAUAAAGUUGAAGAUGUAUGCAAAGCCAAUGAGCCAUGCACAAGCUUUGCAGAAUGUGUGUGUGAGGAGAAUUGUGAGAAGGAAGCUUUGUGUAGAUGGCUUCUGAAGAAAGAAGGAAAAGAUAAAAAUGGGAUGCCUAUGGAACCCAAACCCGAGCCUGAGAAACAUAAAGAGUCCCUGAGUAUGUGGCUCUGUCCUUCCAGAAAUGACAUAACAGAACAAGCUAAGGCACCAAAGGCAAUAACUCCUAGAAUUGCCGAUUCCUUUGAAGUCAUAAGGAACAGUUCCUUGUCAAGAUGGCUCAUCAGGCCUUCAUGCAAAGAAGGAAGUCCCAAGGAAGUGCCUAGUACUGCCGACAGGGCUGGCAGACAGAAGCUUAAAAGCCCCAUUACUACUUCCUGGUGUCCCUUUAACACUGCUGACUGGGUCUUGCCAGGAAAGAAAGUGGGAAACCUCAGCCAGCUAUCUUCUGGAGAAGACAAGUGGCUACUUCGAAAGAAGGCCCAGGAAGUAUUUCUUAACUCACCCCUUCAAGAGGAACAUAAAUUCCCUGAAGACCGUUAUGGCCUCCCAGCAGUUUGUGAUCUCUUUGCAUGUAUGCAGCUUCAAGUUGAUAAAGAAAAGUGGUUAUAUCGAACUCCUCUACAGAUGUGAAGGAAUGGACUACCAUAGUCAAGCAGCUUCUCUGCAAAUUAUCACACAUCCAUGAACUGGUGACUGCAGCUUGCCAAAUCAUCUUGUUCCUGGGUCUGACCAGCUUAGUUUCUCAUAAUUUUGAGCUAGCAAAGAAAAAUUAUCAAGUUAUGUUUCUUUAUAAAAAAGAGGCUGUUUGUGGCUGUUUUUUGAUGCUGAGGUUAUUCAUUUCCUUCUGAUAGAAGUAUUCACUAAAUUUGCCCCCACACUACAAAUGCAGCAUUUUAGUGGAUAGGUUGUCACCAGCUUCCACAGUUCCUUAGAUUGGGUUGUUAACUAGUACAUAAACACUGUAGUUUGAAAAGUGAAUAUUUCUGUAAUCAAAGUGUGUUGAUGUAUUCGAAAGCUAGUAAACUUCCCUAAACUUUUGAUUGCCCUUUAGAUGCUUCUCUUGCUGUGGGUUUUCUAUUAGUGGUCUGAAAUGAUUGUUCAAUUUAAUUAAUACAUAGCAUAUUUCAUAUAAUUAACCUUGCCAAUAGUGAUUUUUUUCUUUUCUCAUCAAAAUAUAUUAGUAAUCUUGACAAUUUUUGACAUUAAUUACCAGAUGUUUUGGCUUAACAUGAGUUCUAUACUAUUUUUCUUCAUUUGAAAUUCAUCCACUGCAAAUUUUGCCUUUAUUUCUGUGGAUUUUAAAAGUACCCAGUGAGAUGUUUGAGAAUUCAUUAUUAUUUAAAGACCAUUUUAAGGAUAAUGCAAGCCUUUUUUCCAGUAUUCUACAAACCCAUAUGCUUUUUGGGCCCCAGUGUUGACUAAGUAAAAAGUCAAGACAUGCUGAAAAAGUAGUACUUGAACCAUUCAUUACCCUAGGGAUUACUGGUGCAUUCUGUGUAAAUGGAAGCUGAGCUUGACACCUGGUGCUUUUGAUUAGGGAUAAAGUCAAUGUCCUAUCAUUUUUAAGCACAGCAUUCCUGUACCUCCAAAUGUAUGAUGCAGUGAAUUUUAGUGCACAGGCUAUUUUCAACCCUUGUGCCUUUAUGGUGUUUAUUGAAGCUUUAUGAAAACUACUAACAUUUUCUCAAUAUUGUUAGUCAUGCCCAAGCUUUAUUUUCUCUGUAGAAGAGGUGGAAUUUAUCUUUUAAAACUCCGUUGAGGUCUUAGCUGCAUUCCAGGCUUUAUUUAGAACUAUUACACCUCUUUAACUGCCUAUGCUAUUAGAAAUACUUGUGGGGAAAUUUCAUGGAUCCAUAGUGACAGUGCCAUUAAGCAUCAUGGGAAUUCUUUGAACCAUAGCUCAGAAGGGCCUCAUGUUAUUUCUUCCUGCCACUAAUGAAUUAUUACGUAAGUGGUAGGUAAAAAGAACUCUUUCCAGUAUCUUAGGUUGCAGGCAGGUAGUUUCUUUUUUGAGGUCUAACACACUGUAUCUUAAAUUAUCAAAAUGUAAUUUACAUUAAUCACUAUGCUAAUGAGUAUGUAAAACAUUCUUUUGCAAUGAUGCAUUUUAUACCUCCCCCAUUAAAAGCAUAAUAGCCACACCA